UUUGGACGUUGAGCUCAAACAGUGCUGCAGCAGCAGAACAGGACUGAUCUCGUCUGCAAACAUGGCCUCAGAGGAGUAUGACUGCAUAGUUAUCGGAGCUGGAAUUCAGGGCUCUUUCACAGCCUAUCACUUGGCCAAAAACAAGAAGAAGACUCUUCUGCUGGAUCAGUUUUUCCUGCCACACUCUCGAGGAAGCUCCCAUGGCCAGACCCGGAUCAUACGCAAAGCUUAUGAGGAAGAUUUCUAUGUCCACAUGGUGGAGGGGAGCUAUGAGCUCUGGGCCAGAUUGGAAAGGGAGGCAGGGGUAAAGCUGAUCACUCGUACAGGGCUGCUGUUGAUGGGUCCGGAGAAUGCAAAGGACUUCCAGCUGGUUAAGAGUUCUAUGCAGAACAACGGGAUUCCAGCUGUUUUUCUGCAGAGGCACGAGUUCAGCCAGCAUAUUCCCAACGUCAACCUGACACCAGGGGAUGGGGCACUUGUGGAAACCACUGCCGGAGUCUUGUUUGCGGACCGUGCAGUCCGAGCGGCACAGAUGGUUUUCCAGGGGUAUGGCGGCGAGAUCAAGGAUGGACAGAAAGUGCUUCAAAUCGAGCCAGGCUCUGUGGUCACCGUCAAGACCGGGUCUGGCAUUUACAGAGCAAAGAGUCUGGUGAUCGCUGCAGGUGCCUGGUGUAAUGAGCUCCUGACACAUGUCGGACUGCAGCUGCCGCUGCAGGUGUUGAAGAUUAAUGUGUGCUACUGGAAGGAGAAAGUCCCGGGUUCCUACAGCGUCAAGAACCGCUUCCCCUGCUUCAUACAGCUGCACCCAAAGGAGGCAGAAAACGACAUCUACGGCCUCCCCUCCAAUGAGUAUCCAGGGCUCAUGAAGUUGUGCUACCACUCCGGCAGCGAGACAAAUCCAGACGAGAGGGACAAGCAGACUGACAAGAGUGAUGUGGAGGUUUUGUCCCGCUACAUUGUGCGCUGCUUUCCAGGCCUCGUUCCUGUUCCCUCUGUGGUGGAGAGCUGCAUGUACACGGUAACACCGGACCAGAACUUCGUCCUGGACCAUCACCCCACUUACAGAAACAUUGUUAUCGGAGCCGGGUUUUCAGGCCAUGGCUUCAAGUUCAGCCCUGUUGUGGGAAAAGUACUGAGCGAGCUGAGCAUGGGGCAGGUCCCUUCCUAUGACCUGUCUCCUUUCCGCAUUGAUCGUUUCAGCACCCAGCCCAAGUCUGCUCUUUAAAACCAGACGGGAUCUGUGGCUGAUUAACAAGUGCAACUAAUUUUGCCAUGAAAAGCAGUUUUAUAUUUUAUGUCUAGAUUGUCUUAAUCAUGUCAUUGGUGCUGUUGAAUCAUGGACUCCACAAGACCCCUAAAGGUGGAGUCCUGUGCUAUCUGACACCAAGACUAAUGUAAGAAGCAGAUUUUGUAAGUUCUGCAAGUUGUGACGUGAGACCUAAAUAAGCAUAAAGUACCCCCUGACCUUGUUGACAGUACACCGGUCCUUGUACUUCCUUGGAGCAUGAUUGGAAGGUACUGACCGCUGUACACCAUAAACGCGAUGUUCUAGCACAGUUAUCUAGGACAUCACAACAGUUCGGUUAUUGGAAAACUCUUGUCAAAGAUUUCUAUGCUUGCAUUUUUUUCCUGCUUCAAAGUUUUAACUUGGUUGUAUUGUUAUGGCUGAUUGGUGUAUAUACACCUACACCUAUACACCUAUUUUUGCAGUUUAGCGACAAAAAUUGAUUUUAAAUGUAUAGAUUGAAUGUUUAUUUGCAUAUGCCAGUCUUAAAGAUAUCGUAACAUUUUAGAAACAGCCUGUUUAGAAAGAAAUGACAAUAUGGUUAAGUAAAUAAUAAGUAUAUUAUAUGCUGCUUAAAAAUUUAUUCUGAUACAGAUUACAGAGUAUUUGUUUAAAAAUGUCCUCUGUAACCUAAUUCACAGUUUUAUAAUAAAGUAAUGAUCAGUGUC